CCGAGGAGCCACGUGGCCCGGUGACACCGCCCCAUUGGCUGAGCGCUGAGUCGGUGUCCGAGAGAGGCCCGGGUGCCGCACACCGACUGACACGGAGCCAUGCCGAACAGGAACCCGCACAAAGCCGCCUGCCCCUGUCCUGCCGCCCGCGGAGACCGCGGCGGAGAGAGCGCCGGGACCCGGGAGGAGCCGGAGCGCGCGGACUGCAUGGAGGACCCGGACAUCAACAAAUCCCCGAGCGACCCCAAGAAAUACCGGUUUAUCCAACUCGAGAAUGGUCUAAGAGCUCUUCUGAUCUCAGAUCUGGCUUUGACAGGCCAGUGUCAUUCUGAUUCUUCUGAUGAAGAGGAAGAGGCGGAUGAUGAUGAUGAUGAUGAUGAGAAUUGGGAAUCGGAGGAUGAAAGUGAAGAGGAUUCUGAAGACGGUGAAGAUGAUGAGGAUGAUGAGGAGGAGGAGGAGGAGGAAGAUGAAAACACAGAUAAAGAAACUGACAGCAUGUACCCCAGGAAUGCAAAGAACUGCACAGAAAAACUGUCCGCCGCUGCCCUGUGCAUCGGGAUUGGAAGUUUCAGUGAUCCAGAGGACCUGCCAGGACUGGCUCACUUCUUAGAGCACAUGGUAUUCAUGGGCAGUGAGAAAUACCCAGAUGAGAAUGGCUUUGACGUGUUUCUCAAGAAACAUGGUGGCAGUGACAAUGCCUCGACAGACUGUGAGCGUACCAUCUUCCAGUUCGAUGUCCAGAGGAAGUAUUUCAAGGAGGCUUUAGACAGGUGGGCUCAGUUUUUCAUCUCUCCGCUUAUGGUCAGUGAUGCCAUCGAUAGAGAAGUGGAAGCUGUGGACAGUGAAUAUCAACUCGCCAAGCCAUCCGACUCAAAUCGCAAGGAGAUGCUGUUUGGAAGUCUGGCUAAGGCUGGACACCCAAUGGGCAAGUUUUUUUGGGGAAAUGCCCAGACUCUGAAACACGAUCCCAAGGAGAAGAAUAUCGAUACCCAUAGCCGGCUGAGAGACUUUUACAGGACGUACUAUUCUGCCCAUUACAUGACCCUUGCUGUCCAAUCAAAAGAGUCUCUGGAUAAGUUGGAGGAGUGGGUGAGGGAGAUCUUCUGCAAUGUCCCAAAUAAUUCUUUGCAAAAACCUGACUUCAGCCACUUGAGUGAACCUUUCAACACCCCUGGGUUUAAUUCUCUGUACAGAGUUGUCCCUAUUAAGAAGGUUCACUCUCUGACCAUAACUUGGUCCCUCCCUCCUCAAGAGAAACAUUACAAGGUGAAACCUCUUCAUUACAUUUCAUGGUUAAUUGGGCACGAGGGUAAAGGCAGCAUUCUCUCCCUUCUGCGAAAGAGGUGCUGGGCUCUGGCUCUGUUUGGCGGUAACAGCGAGACUGGCUUUGAACAGAACUCGACUUACUCCGUAUUCAGCAUUUCCAUCACGCUCACAGACGCCGGGUAUGAACACUUCUAUGAGGUUACACACAUUGUGUUCCAGUAUUUAAAGAUGUUACAGCAGCAGGGACCUCAAGAAAGGAUCUUUCGUGAAAUACAGAAAAUUGAGGCAAAUGAGUUCCAUUAUCAGGAACAGACUGACCCCAUAGAAUAUGUAGAAAAUGUCUGUGAAAACAUGCAGCUCUUCCCGAAGGAAGAUUUUCUGACUGGAGACCAGCUGCUCUUUGAGUACCAUCCCGAUGUCAUCUCAGAGGCUCUAAAUACUCUUACUCCCCAGAAGUCAAAUUUGCUCCUCCUGUCCCCCUUUAAUGAAGGCAGAUGUGAACAGAGAGAGAAGUGGUUUGGUACCCAGUACAGCACAGAAGAUAUUGAUGCAAAAUGGAAAGAUAUUUGGGCCUCCGACUUUGCUUUAAACCCAGACCUUCAUCUUCCAGCAGAAAACAAGUUCAUUGCCACUGACUUUGCUUUGAAGACCUCCGAUAUUGCUGACACAGAGUAUCCAAACAAGAUCAUGGACAAUGAUCAUGGCUGCUUAUGGUACAAGAAAGAUACCAAGUUCAAAAUUCCAAAAGCAUAUAUUCGGUUCCAUCUGAUCUCUCCUUUAAUACAGCAGAGUCCUGAAAACCUGGUUCUUUUUGAUAUCUUUGUGAAUAUCCUGGCUCACACACUGGCUGAACCGGCCUACGAGGCGGAUGUAGCUCAGCUGGAAUAUAAACUGGUCGCUGGAGAACAUGGAUUGGUUAUCCGAGUGAAGGGAUUUAACCACAAACUACCACUCCUCUUUGAGUUGAUCAUUGACCACCUGGCCAACUUCACAGCCUCUCCUGACGUGUUCGAUAUGAUCACAGAACAGCUCAAAAAAACUUACUUCAAUAUUCUCAUCAAACCAGAAAAAUUGGGAAAAGACGUUCGGCUCCUGAUCCUUGAGCACAACCGAUGGUCCAUGAUGGAGAAGUACCAGGCGCUGCUCCAGGGACAGAGCUUGGAUAAGCUACUGUCCUUUGUCCAACAGUUAAAGUCUCAGCUGUAUGUUGAGGGCCUGGUGCAGGGAAACUUCACCAGCAAGGAGUCUGCCAAAUUCUUCCAAUAUGUCACUAUGAUGCUUCAGUUUCAGCCUUUGGAGUAUCCGGUUCCGGUGCAAUUCCAAGUGGUGGAAUUGCCAAACGCUCUCCACCUAUGCAAAGUGCAAGCGCUGAAUAAAGAGGACCCUAACUCAGAGGUCACAGUAUAUUAUCAGUCUGGAGCUAAGAAUUUGCGAGAUUACACCCUGAUGGAGCUGCUUGUGAUGCACAUGGAGGAGCCUUGCUUUGACUUUUUGAGGACUAAGCAAACAUUGGGGUAUCAUGUGUACCCGAUCUGCAGAAAUACCUCUGGGAUUUUGGGAUUCUCAGUCACUGUAGAAACGCAGGCAACUAAAUUCAACUCGGAAGUGGUUGAUAAGAAAAUUGAAGAAUUUCUUACCUGUUUUGGUGAAAAAAUUAGCAACUUGACGGAUGAAGCUUUUAAAACGCAGGUCAAGGCAUUGAUAAAGCUAAAGGAGUGUGAGGACACUCACCUGGGAGAAGAAGUGGACAGGAACUGGAGCGAGGUCCUGACCCAGCAGUAUCUUUUUGAUCGUUUGGAACAUGAGAUUGACGCCCUGAAGACUUUCAGUAAAGCAGACAUGAUCAGGUGGUUUGAGGACCACCGUGGCGCUAACCGACGGGUUCUGAGUGUUCAUGUGGUUGGAUUUGGUAAAAAAGAGCCAGAUACUGUGACGGCAGCUAACGCAGGAGAACCCGAAUCUUCCUUCAGUAACAUCAGCCAUCUGACUUUCCUUCCGGUGUCCCCACUUAUGGCGGACACUGUACAAAUUACAGACAUUCACCGCUUCACCUCCACCUUGACACUGCUUCCUUUGCAUAAAAUCAUCGAAUAAGUCAGCCGGCGGGGAAUGCACUGUUAGGCUAUCACAGUACAGCUUCAUAACUUAUCACAGACUGUAUUCGUUUGCUUUUCUGGGUGCUUUUUAAAGGACAGUUUGUUGUUUUUGCUGCAAGCUAAAGAAAUCCCUAAAAGUGGCAACAGUAGUCCUCCUGAAGUGACAAGACAAGUCAAUUGCUGGGCGAUGCAGGAAGUAACACAGCUCUUUGCGAGUUUGUCAUUUUACCGGUGCUGAGGCUUUUUAUCAAAUCUAUUUAGCUCUGUAUCUCACUGCAGGGCCUGGAUUUUAACAUGAACUGGAAAACCAACAAUUACCUUUUGACUUUGACCUCAGAUUUUCUCGCUCCACUUGGGGGUAAAGUAACUUUUAGGACAGCCAAUCCCUAAGUUCAUAGCUCUUGAAAGAAAAGAAGACAAAAGGCUGGCAAAUUGAUAUUUAAAUUAGGUGAUUAUUUAUACAUCUGUUAAAGUGCCAUCGUAAAAAUAUAGAAUUUGCAAAGCACUUUGAAAUAUACAGGCUUUAGAAUUCCGGCGAGCAGAUAUCUGAGGUUUUUUAUGCAAAAUCCCUCUUGAAAUGGGAAUUAACAGAAGUUCUGAGAUUGAUGUUACUCUGACAAGUUUUUGCAGUAUGUUGCAGCAAUAAUAGAAGCCUUUACCAUAUAUUUAGAAAGGAGACCGCAUCUACUGUAAUUGUAAAGGGGUGCAGUCGUCACCACUUCAAUAAUGUUAAUGUAGGAGAUUUAUCCAGUUUAAGAAAUUUUGGCCAGUCUGGAGGACAUUGGUUGGCUGUGAGUGCUCGAGGCAGGUUAGCCCAAUACUCUCAUCUAAUCGAUGCCAUCCAGGUUUGACAAAUUGACAUUGCUAGUACAAAAGUGAUAAUUCUCCACGGUCAUUUGGGCUUGGGUGGGAUAAUCCCUCGGGAGCUGGUAAAACCCUUUUGUUUCUGUCAAACCGUUCCUCACUAGUAUGAGAUUAACCUUUUCAGGUCAGAAGACACCCGUGACCUCCUCACUCCAUAACCAUUUGAUUCUGCUUAAGUUGUUAUGGUUCCUGGAGUGUCCCGUUAAACUGUUAAUGAACGGUUUAACGCCAAAGUCCUCAAGCUGGAGACCGAUACCUUUUUUCACUCUUUUCUCAUUGGGGAACUACUGAUCAGAUGAGAGUGGUCCUCCAAACCUGAAGACACUAGGCCCAUACCCACUACAUCAAGCUGCAGUGCUUAUAUUGUUCUUGACUUAUGCUGCACUAGACUCCAUGAAUAUCUCUGAAUCAGAUUGAUAUAAUGCAGUUUGAGCCUUGCAUAGUAACAGGUUGCCUAGCUUUAUUCUAAUC